AUGAUACCAGGUUUUGAGGUUCAUUUUGAACCGAACGACGGCGAGGAUGAACAUGACGAUGAAACCGAUUCAGCCGAUUAUGAAGGAAAUGGUCAAGAAGGUCAUCUAAAUGAUGAAGAAGAGCAUCUACGUAUGCAAUGCUUUUGUCACACUCUUCAACUUACAGUCGGUGGUGGUUUGCAAGAGUGCAAAACCAACUCUUGCCAAAGUUGCAGUAAUCGAAAAACUCAGGAGCUCUCAACAUCGUACACGUUGCUCAACAAUCUUUUGCACAAUGUUGGAUUGUGUCGUACACUUCUCAGUUCCUUACUUGAAUGA